GAGUUGUUCGCGCCAGCGCCCAGGCAGAGCGCGAGCGAAAGAGGACGGGUCCCCCUCACCUCGCUUCCUCCCGCCCUCCAGGCAACGGGGACUUCCUUGGGACUGGGAGACUACUGAGGCGCGCGCUCUAGUCUGCCGGCGGCAGAGGCAGGCGGGAGCCGCUUCGCCACCCCGUCUAGGGUUAGGAUGGCGCAGAGAGCGGUCAGCGUGGCAGGCUGGGCGCUGCUGCCCGACCUCCCGGCGAUGCUUUGAGAGCGCCCCGCCGCCCCUUCCCCUGCUCGACGUUGCGGUCUGCUCUUAUGAGGGGCUCGCCAGCACCCCGCCGCUGCUAUGGGGGCAUCCCUCGAGUCCUGACCUAAGCGCCGCCCCCAAGGGACUUGCCCUCCUCCCGGGAGGUGGCGGGGGCCGUGCAGCGCUUGCCCCGGCUCUGCCGAGGGAAAAUGCUAGGCGGGGGGUUGCUGGCCGGUUUCUCCGUGCUCAGCCUCCUCACCUACGGCUACCUGGCUUGGGACGCGGCUGGGGACCCGGAGGGCGCGAGCAGGAGCCGGGCUGGCCAGCUGAGAGCGGGGCCCGAGGCGGAACCUCCCGCCACCUCCCAGCCCCACCUCAUCUUCAUCCUGGCGGACGACCAGGGGUUCAGAGACGUUGGCUAUCAUGGCUCGGAGAUCAAGACGCCCACCCUGGAUAAGCUGGCUGCAGAAGGGGUUAAGCUGGAGAAUUACUACGUUCAGCCGAUGUGCACGCCUUCGAGGAGUCAGUUCAUCACUGGGAAGUAUCAAAUCCACACAGGUCUUCAGCAUUCUGUCAUAAGGCCCACUCAACCUAACUGUUUACCAUUGGAUAAUGCGACUCUACCUCAGAAGUUGAAGGAAGCUGGCUACUCAACCCACAUGGUGGGCAAAUGGCACUUGGGCUUUUAUCGUAGAGAAUGCAUGCCAACACAGCGAGGGUUUGAUACUUUUUUUGGCUCUCUCUUGGGUAGUGGUGAUUAUUACACCCAUUACAAAUGCGACAGUCCUCGAAUGUGUGGCUAUGACUUAUAUGAGAAUGACAAUGCUGCUUGGGAUCAUGACAAUGGCAUGUACUCAACCCAGAUGUACACACAAAAAGUGCAACAGAUUUUAGCCUCCCAUAACCCUAGGAAACCUAUAUUUCUAUACAUUGCAUACCAAGCUGUCCACUCACCACUUCAGGCACCAGGCAAAUAUUAUGAACGUUACCGAUCAAUAAAUAAUAUAAACCGGCGGAGGUAUGCUGCUAUGCUGGCAUGCUUGGAUGAAGCUAUCAACAAUGUGACCCUUGCAUUAAAGAGGUACGGUUAUUAUAACAACAGUGUUAUCAUCUACUCUUCAGACAAUGGAGGGCAGCCAACAGCUGGUGGAAAUAACUGGCCUCUCAGAGGAAGCAAAGGAACCUACUGGGAAGGAGGGAUCCGAGCAGUUGGCUUUGUCCAUAGUCCUCUACUCAGAAACAAGGGGUGUGUUUGCAAGGAGCUUAUACAUAUAACAGAUUGGUUCCCUACUUUGAUCACAUUAGCAGAAGGACAGAUUGAUGAAGACACCCAACUGGAUGGCUAUGAUGUGUGGGAGACCAUAAGUGAAGGAAGACGGUCUCCAAGAGUGGAUAUUUUACACAACAUUGACCCUAUCUACACCAAAGCCAGAAAUGGUUCAUGGGCAGCUGGCUUUGGGAUCUGGAACACGGCCAUUCAGUCAGCAAUCCGGGUGAACCACUGGAAACUACUGACAGGAAAUCCAGGAUACAGUGACUGGGUCCCUCCUCAGUCAUUUAGUAAUGCCGGCCCCAGUCGCUGGCACAAUGAACGGGUCUCAUGGACAGCUGGUAAAACUGUGUGGCUGUUCAACAUAACUGCUGAUCCAUAUGAGCGAUUGGACUUAUCCAGUAAAUAUCCAGAGGUAGUAAAGCAGCUCUUGCACAGGCUUUCAGAAUUUGAUAAAACUGCUGUACCUGUUCGAUAUCCACCAAAGGACCCCAGGAGUAACCCCAAUUUUAAUGGAGGAGUUUGGGGGCCAUGGUUCAAGGAGGAGGAUAAGAAGAAGAAAUCAAGCAAAAACAAGGCAGACAAUAAGCAAAAGAAAAAUAAAUCCAAGAAGAAACCUAACAGAAGAAAAGGACAUUCUUUCAGUUGCUUUGCAGGAGGAUAAUUUCAGCUGUUGUUUUAUGCCUUAUGGGGGAAAUUCUACUAAAAUCAGCAGGAGUUACUAAGUAAACACGUUUAGGCAAAGAGUGCCAUUGCUGAACUAAGGUCAAAAUGGACUCCAACAUUUAUAAUUUUGAAACAUUCCACCAAACUAGAAAUGCCACUUCUGCUGUGUUGGCAUUUUUAUUUGGCCUUACAUUGUGACAGCAGAGACAUGUAUGAGGCACAUUUAAUAUCACUACCUACCCAAAGAACCUUACUUGAUAAACCAUCUUCUCUUCCAUAUAAAAUGAGAUUUACUCAUUCUAUGGCUGAUUCUGAACCCCAGUUUGUAGAACACAUAGUGAUAGGAUUAUGUGCUCAAAUGCACCUGUUUAUUUUAGUGAACACAAUACUGGUACAUGUUCUCUACCAACAGAAAAUAAAGACCAAAAAGGAUAAUCACACUUUUAAAAUGAGUUUGAGCUGCCUCCUCAUGUUGUCUUGAUGAAGCACAGUCAACCAUUAAGCUACCAGAAUAGCCUGAAUAAGUUGUGGGAAACCUGCUUUUAAUUACAUUUUGCCUGGCUUUCAAUUGGAAAGAAUUUUUUCCUUCCCAGAAUGUGCCAGGCUACAAUCCAUUCCAAUAAAAACACAGUCUUACUUUAGAUGCACACAUACACACACAAAACAUCUAGUGCAUGGUUAUGAUUACGUAAAUAUGUAGACUGCAACUCUGUGUUAAGAUGUGUGCACAAUACUGUUGAAUUUAAUACAGUAUUUGUGUGCAACUGUGCAAACAAUUGCAGCCAUAGAAGUGCAGUUCCCCAAACAUUGCUGUUGAGCAUUUGUUUGCAUGAGAAUGGAAAUGAGUAUUUGUAGUGCCUGAUGAAUUGUAUACCUGCUCAACCAUGCAGCCUUAUAAGGAAGUCCUUUCAACUUAACAGAAAGUUGCUAAUACUCUUAGUGAUACUGCUGAUACAUAACAUAUAUGUAAGUAUGGCCAGAGGCAGAGAUUCAGUGAAGCGUGCAUGCAGUCUGGUCCCAUUGUUCAUUAUGAAAGGCGAACGUUCAUAUGCAUAAGCAAUUUGCAGUGAGUAGCAAAAAAAAUCCCUGUUUUGUACUUCUGCUCUUCAACUGCUGUAUGGAUGGCCAUCAUCCUUAUAUAUAGGUCAGGAUUUCUGCCCAUGGAAUCGAACAGCUGUCAGGAAUUGGUUUCCAGUAAAGGGGGCCAGCAAUACUUUCUCCACAGUCCACACCCAACCUCAUCCUCUCCCCAACAACAGUAAUGGAGGACCCUGAGGUAGGGUAAGACCUCUCCUUACACAUUCUAUUUCUAGGUGUCAUUCAGGCCACUGCUGACAGGCAAGGAGGCUGAGGAAGAUGAGCCGGGACAGUUAGGCCUAAUUCCAAACUCCCAGCUGUAGCAACACUCUGGAGGAAAGGACUUCGGUGGGUUCCAGUUCAUAAGGAAAACCUGCCAGGGGGAGAAGUAGCCAGGUCAGCACCUUAAGUGAAUGGAAACCUGUUGCAGCUGUAACUACAGAUGUGUCAGUUCAAUUUCUGAGGUAGGGCCUGCUGGUGUCACAAGACUAACACAACCCUUUUAAAAUGGUGGGGGAGGGGAAUAUAGUACUGGGGAGAAGACUCGCAGCAGCCCUGAAAUGGCCUAAAAUUAAUAACAGCUGCUCAUCUGAGAGAAAAAGCAAAAAGCUAGAGAAACAAUUGUCUUUGGCAAAUCUAGCUGUGACCACUGGAUAAAUUUCAUACAGCAGACCAAUAAAGAGGAAGGCACAGAAGGCAUCCUGCAUCCUGCAAUAUAUUAACCCUGUCAUUUAUCUUAAACUAACAAUAACAUGUCCAUCACUUUUUAUUCCCAUAGCUUUCAUGUGGUUAGCUUAUUAGUCCACUGUUAUUUUAAGAUAACGUUGUCUCAUGUAAGAUAAGAUAAAGUGUGCUGUCAAGUCGAUUUCGACUCUUGGUGCCUACAGAGCCUUGUGGUUGUCUUUGGUAGAAUACAGGAGGGGUUUACCAUUGCCAUCUCCCGUGCAGUAUGAGAUGAUGCCUUUCAGCAUCUUCCUAUAUCACUGCUGCCUGAUAGGGCUGUUUCGCAUAGUCUGGGAAACAUACCAGCGGGGAUUCGAACCAGCAACCUUCUGCUUGUUAGUCAAGCAUUUCCCUGCUGUACCACAGCAGAAGUCUCAUGUAGCCUUAUCUAAAUGUACUGUAAAAUCAGAAAUAACUGUAAAAGGAGGUGCUAUAAUUCAGGUGCAUAUUUUCUUCCUGUGUUUGUCUCCAAAUAUGUCAAGGUAAUUAUUUGAUUGUGUAGUCAUUUGGAAUAUGAUUACUGCAUUUUCUUUACAGAAGCAAAAUCAUGUAUGUUUAAGAGUGGGGAGAAAAGGGGAACAAAAAUCUACUUUAAACUUUUUAUUUAUAUAUCUAUUAAAAUAGUUUAUUUUUAUGGCAAUAA